AUGCUGGCCAGCGGCUCAUUGGAUGGCUUCCUGGGCAUUUGGUCGCUACCCGUCGCCCGCUUCCAGGUGGAUGGUCAGAUAUGCGCUGGUAGCACAUUGUCGCCCCUGAGCACCGCCUAUUUGCUGGAGGAUUGCAUCAAGGCGGUGCUGCAAGCGGCGAACCCUGCGGGGGGCGACUACUUCAUCUAUGGCCAGGUCUCAAGUAGCUCAGCCAAUGAAUGCCAGAUGUUGCAAAACGUAGGCACCUGUGAGACCUUACAAGCUGCCUCCUACACCAUGUAUCGCCUGGAGCCACCCUUGAAGCAUAUGGUCCAGGCGCAUGGUGGUGCCGUUCGGGCAUUGGAACCUUUGCCCCAGCAAGGAGGUCUAGUGGCCUCUGGUGGAGAUGAUGGGACUAUCCGCUCCUGGAGCCCCAGCUCUGGCACCAUGGUUCAGGACUUUGGAAAUGGGCAGGCCCUGGCCAAUGGAGCCGUCACCGCCUUGGCCUAUUCCAGCAGCUUAGAGGCCCUCGUGGCCGCCAGCCUCUUUCAGGUGGCCUUCUUCGAGAUCGCCAGCGGGUCGGUCUUGAGGCUCAUCGAUCGCUCGACGUCUUCGCCCGCUUUGCUCUUGAGCCUUGGCAGCGAGCCAGCACAGAGAUGGAAGUUUGGCCACAGCUUACCCUUUGUCAAGAUGGCUCUGCUCCCAGCUCCUUCAGCCAAUGUGAGCCCUGCGCCGCCGGCACCGCCGGCACGGGCGGUGCCUGUGAUGAGGUCUGUGGUCCCGGGACCCAGAGCACCGGGACGCAAUGCGUGGCCUGCCUUGCAGGGCAAGCAGGCGAUGGCAGCACAUGCCAAGCCACCUGGACGGGAGGAUUGCUUGCCGGGUGAGUUCCAAGCAGAGCCGGGCCAAGUGACCUGUCGCCAAUGCCCUCGUGGCUUCGCGCAGCCGGCGCCGCGCGCCACCGGCUGCGAGCCCUGCGACGGCAACGCCGCGGCCACGCGCUUGGGCUCGGAGCUGUGCGUGCCAUGCCCCGACAGCACGGAGCCCUCGGUGGACCACACAGAGUGCUUGACGUGUUUGCAGGGCACUGCUGGGCGCGACGGAGUUUGCGAGCCCUGUUUGGAUGGAGAACAAACCUCAGCAGACUCCACCAGCUGUUUGCCGUGCCCCACUGGCACUGCGGGCACCCAGGGCUUUUGCUCCUUGUGCCCUGAGGGCAGUGAGCCCGAUGCUGCCAGAGUCGCAUGUGUGCCCUGCGCCAGUGGCUUUGCCGGUGCCAAUGGCGUGUGCCAACGCUGCGCCCCGGGUGAGGAGCCGGAUGCGGCCUCCGCGCUGUGCGUGGCGUGUGCGCCCGGGCGCGCCGGUGCCAAUGGCACGUGCUCGUUUUGCCCGAUGGGGACGGUCCAAAGCCCAGAUCGCUCGAUGUGCAUCUUCUGUUCGGAGGGUUUCAUCGCCUUUCAGGCUGCCUGCUCUAUUUGUCCCGAUGGCUCGCAACCAUCUUCCAACCGCUCCGUGUGCGUCCCGUGUCCUCCUGGCUUUGCGGGGACCGAGGGUCUUUGCUCAUUGUGCCCUGAGGGCACAGGCGCCAGUGUGGAUCAUGCCAGCUGUGAGACAUGCCUGGAAGGAUUUUAUGGCUCGGAGGGCCUUUGUGGGCAGUGCCCCAAUGGCACACGCCCGCGGAACCGCACGGAGGAGGCCAGAGAGUCCGCCCGAACUGGUACGGAGACCGAACCGAACAGAUGCGAACUGGGACAGAUGGCCAUCAUGUUUUGUGCCAGGGACUGCUUUUUGUUUCGUUGA